AACUUGGUGUUUAAUUGUAAACGCAAUGCCGCUCUACAGAGGUGACUUGGGUUUUUCGGUGACUGCCUUGACACACAUUGGUUGAUAAAGGAGUGCCCUUUUCUUUUUUUUUUUCUUUUUAAUUGACAAACACAAACACAAAAAUGGGUAAAUGGACAGACAAAUUAUACAUUACUCAUUCCGAAUGGAGUGGCGAAGUUGGUCAACAUUCAGCUUCGGCAGGCAUCACUGGCCAGCGUAAAUCAGCAGGUUUUAAACGACUUCCUUUUUACUGUUGUUCAUUAUCACUUCAACCGUUUGAACAUCCUGUCUGUACCCCCGAUGGCAUUAUUUUCGACUUGGUUUAUAUUAUUCCAUACAUUAAGAAAUACGGAACCAACCCUGUGACAGGUGAAAAGUUGCAGACAAAGGAUUUAAUCAAGCUUCAUUUUUCCAAGAAUGAAAAAGACGAGUUUUACUGUCCUGUGACCUUCAAAGUGUUCUCGGACCAUACAGCGAUUGCUGCCAUCAAGACAACUGGAAAUGUUUUUGCUUAUGACACCAUUGAAAAGUUGAAUAUCAAGGCUAAGCACAUGCGCGAUUUGAUUACGGAUGAGCCAUUUACUAGAAAGGAUAUCAUCAUGAUUCAGGAUCCUCAUAACUUAGAGAAACGUGACAUGUCGAAAUUCGAUUAUUUGAAAACCAACAAAAAGGUCGUUAAUGUUGCCGAAGAAUUAGAAAAAAGAAAACCUACGAAUAAUAUCAAUGUGGCGGGUAUGGGCAACACUAAGAAAGUGUUUGACGCACUUGCCAAAAAGAAUGAAGAAGAAGAAAAGGAAAAGAUCCCUACUAGUUUUCAUCAAAAGAAAGUAUCUUUGCCUUACAAUGCUGCUCAUUAUACCACAGGUGAUGCUGCUGCUUCUUUCACCUCUACUGCAUUGAACCCUUAUCAGGAAAGUACCCGAGCUUUAUUGGAUGAGGAUGAGUUUAUGUAUAAACGAAUCAAGUCAAAGACAUAUGCUCGUAUUGUGACAAACUACGGUAAUAUCAAUAUUGAAUUAUUCAGUGACAGGGUACCACGAACAUGUCACAAUUUUGUUCAGCUGGCCAAAAGUGGAUACUACAACAACGUCUUAUUCCAUCGCAACAUCAAGAAAUUCAUGAUUCAAGGUGGUGAUCCUACAGGAACUGGAAAAGGUGGUGAAUCUAUUUGGAAACGAGAUUUUCCUGAUGAAAUCAAGACAACGUUAACACAUAAUGCUCGUGGUAUUCUUAGUAUGGCUAAUAAGGGUAAAGACACCAACAGUUCACAAUUUUUCAUUACGUAUGCGCCAGCACCACAAUUAGAUGGUCAACAUACAGUGUUUGGUAAAGUGGUAGGUGGUAUGGAUGUACUAAAAAAGCUAGAAGCGAUUCCUGUGGAUGAAAAAGAUCGUCCUGAACGAGAUAUUCGAAUGAAACAAGUUCAAGUAUUUGUGGAUCCUUUUGAAGAAUACCAGACACGAUUACAAAAGAAAUUGGCGCAUGUAGCUAAUGCGGAUGCUGAGGAUGAAGAAGCCCGAUUAAAACGAGAAAAGGAGGAUCGCAUGGGUUGGUUUGGUCCUAAUGUGUCUAAAAAGAAUGGAAAUACGACAGAGACAACUAUUGGUAAAUACAUGAACGAUGAAAAGACAAAGCGAAAGGAGAUUGAAGAAAAGGAAGAAAUUGGUGUCUCGCAAAAGAAGCAAAAACAACAGGCUACAUCUUAUGGUAACUUUGAUAACUUUUAGUAUGUAAAUAAUAUAUAUAUAAAAAAAAAU